AUGCAUUUCGAACCCAGUGCAUCAUCAACUCCGUCAACACCAAAGCACAAAAUGACACGCAAACCCUCUUUUCCCAUCUUCCCUCUAACGCCGCCGCGAUCCUCCCACUCACCGAACCAACCACAAAUCUACACAGCACCACACUCACCCAUCUUCUCCGACCCAACAAACAGCACAAUGACGCCAGCCUCAACACCACCGCGUUCCAUGGCUUCACCACAACAAGCUGCCGCCCAAAUACCCAUCCCAAUCACAAUCACCCGGUUCCCCUGUACGCUCCCACCAGACCCAAACCUCGCCCAGUACUACAACACCAAGAGCAAGAAUGACACUACCUACCGAAUCAACAACAGUCUGCUCCGGGUCGUAGCCCUAUUGGCACAUGGCACAGGAACCCCCCACGCCGAGUUCUUCGAGCAGGCGCUCAACUUGGCUGAUGUGACUCUAGCUCUAGCGACGGAAUCCGAGUUGUGGGAUAUGGUGUCGAAAUGCCAUUUGUACCGGACCUAUUGUUUCAUGGAGAUGAGGAGAUGGAAGGAAGCAAGGCAAGCGGUCACGAGAGCGGCGACUAUCAGGGCGUGGGGCUACCACAUUGAGACUGUCAUGUGUGGUAUUGAGCAGGGUGAAAAGGAGGAGGUCAUGCUGAGAAGACAAUUACAUCCUGGGCUUCCUGUAGAUGAAUUUGGGGACGAGAGAAGAUAG